AUGGACGCCUAUCCCGAAGACUACGUCAACCACAACCUCCCCUUGAUCCUGCUUUCGGGGCUCGAGGCAGGCUCUGAAGAUGGCCCCGGUUCUUCUGUCGAAUAUCCACUUCUUUCUGAGAGGGGUCACAAGAUCUUCUCGGAUUUCCCCCUGUUGAGCGGGGCUGUUGCGGAGGACUUGGGCAGAGUGCUCUUGGAGGAAGAUGCAUCCAACAUGCCCUGGAGGGCGGGACUAGGCUCAAAUGGUAGCUCUGCAUCGCCGCACAUAGGUUACAGGAUCAAGAGCACUGGCCGUUCGUAUCAACUUCCCCCGCGAAAGGCAGACCCUCCUUUGCAUUUGUCUCCUAGAAGCUCAAUAGCCGAUUCCGAUGCCGAUGUUGCGAGCUCUGCCACGCCCUUUGCCCUCCACUCGCCCAUCUCACCCUUGACACCGAGCUCCCCCACAUUUCCAGAUGGCUUGCUCACUCCGCUGUGGGUGACGAAACACCAAGAUAUCGUUCCUGCGGCAGUGAUCAACUUCUUUCCUUUGUCUCUGGACCCAAAUAUGAACUCGCUGCGCGACAACCAACUGAAGAUCGAGAUUAAUAGUCUUAAAAAGGAGUGGUCGUCGUCUGGCUUCAAAACGCGCUUCUUGACUGUCUUAAUAUCCGAGGAAGGUGACGGGGGAUAUAUGGGUGAAAUCGAUGAUCGUGUGGCAAGCAUUCGGCGAGCAACCAAUUUGGAUCAAAAGUCUAUAUUUGUGAUUCCUCCCGACGCGACGUCAUCCGAGCUUAAAGACUUUGUCAAGUCUUUGUUCUCUCUCUUGCAACCAUCUGUCGCGGAAUACUACAGGGACCUGUCUAAGCAUGCUCGGCGCAAACGGAACCGGAGCAGCAUCCCUCCGCCGACUGCGCCACCGACAACCGGUACAUCGCAGACGCUCUCAUUACAAGGGUGGAAUGUACGCUAUGAGUUUAAGCUCGGCAUCUUCGCCGAGUUCCGCCAAGAGAUGGAUGCUGCUUGUCGCAACUACGAAAGUGCGUACGACACGUUGUUUGGCCAAGAGGUAUUCGAAAAUAUCGCAGGCUGGAGUGCGCGCUUCAAUGAUGCGCGUUUGUUGGGUGAUGCGCUCGCCAUUCGAAUUAUCCGCUGUUUGCUUUGGACGGCCCAGACCACUGCAGCAACGCGUUUUUGGGCUGAUCACAGGCUUCGGACGAAAGAUAUUGUGAAUCGCAGAGGCAGAGGUAGCAAAAAUUAUGGGUGGGAAGCGUGGGAGGCGCGGUGGUCAAUGGUCAUGGCUCAGCUCAUUCGCCGCGCAGAGACAUCCCCGGCAGUAACGGAGGGUUCUACCGACCGAGUACCGGAGGUAUCGAUAUUCACCGCGCCGGAGAAAUCCAUCCCAAGAAACGAGCGAGUAAACCCGUGGGAGCAACUGCAUCACGAGGGAUAUUGGCUGUACCGCUCAGCCAAGCACUCAAUGGCCCGUCGAGCUCUUGCCUUGCAGAUUUCUAAUGAAGAUCGGAUUCCCCCUGGUCAAUCUCCUGCCUCGCAAAUUGCAAACAAAUCUUAUCUGUAUGAUACCUAUCUCGCCCCAGAGACCCACGUGGAGAGCCCUCCGUCAGGACAGGCUGGGUUUGAUCAUUCAGAAUUGAUUCUGAGCACAAUGAAGGCCGCUCUUGAGGAAUUCUCGAAGCGACACCAAACACGGCAGGUGGAGAGGCUCAGUCUUGAGAUUGCCCAAGAGUACAUUCAUAUUGGCUCGUGGUCCGAAGCAUAUCAUGUCUUGCAACCAUUAUGGUCAACCCUCAGCUGGCGCCGUGCUGGUUGGUGGAGGCUGAUGGAAACCUUUGGAUGGGCUUUGAGAGAAUGUGCCUUGAACUUGAAAGACAGCGAGACUCUUUUGCGGGUCGACUGGGAGCUACUCAACAAAGUAUUCUCGCCGAGACCUUCGUGGCAUUAUGACAUACAUCAAAGCCUCGAGAGCUUCCCCUCCGAGAAGCCGAAGCCUUCUGUUGUUCUUCGGGCUGAAGACGUCAUGACCAGCUUGACCGCAUCUCUCGUUUUUGAAAAGUCCGAAGGCAAUGUCGGGGAACCUCUGCAGGCCCAACUCGUCAUUUCAUCAUGUGCUCAACAAGAAUCUGCCCCGAUCAAGCUUUCCGAGGUGAAACUUGUCUUCGAGGGGUGUCUUCGCCCAGUGAAACUUCAAUCUGAUCAGGAUCAAUGCUCCGACACGACUACCCCAUCUUGCAUCUCGGACGUAUCACUCCGUGAACCUAGCAGCUCGGACGACCCUAGCGUUCAGUCCCCAACAGGCGGUUUGGCGACACUGAUUGGAAUUGCGGACUUGACAAUUGGACCUGGUCAAACUAAAGUUUAUAAUCUUGCCUGCAUUCCUCGCGAAGCUGGGGAGAGUCUUGUUGCUUCUAUAGCGAUGCUCGUCGACGGAGAGAAGUUUGACCUCGCCUACGUGAUCACCGAGUAUGACUUGCAUGAGUCUUAUUGGUGGCAGCAGACCAAGAAAGGCCCUUCUCGCAGAAGAGUCGGCAAGGACCGAGAUACCGGCAGGUGUAAGAUCUUGCCGAAGCCGCCUAAGAUUCGCAUCUCGACCCCCAAUCUCAAGGAGACUUACUAUACUAAUGAACGUGUGGUUCUUCAAAUCGGUCUUUACAACGAAGAAGAUGAGGGCGCCGAUGUGUCUGCGGAAAUCCGACUCUUCAGCAGCCCGGAGUCAACCACCAGACUCCAAUGGCAGGACGGAGACCAAGGCUCCGAGCCCCUGGAAUCGGGAACAAGCACCCCGACAGAAGGACCAUCCCACUUUCUGAAGCGGAGUAUCGGAGUUAUGGGGCGGUCUUCCGACAACAAUCUCACCAUUGUGUUGGCCGACACUCAGGAUGCGGCGAAAUACACCCUGGAGAUCUCUGCCGUAUAUCACCUCGUCUCUGAUGUCCAAACCCCUAUCAUCAAGACCAUCGCGGUCGACCUUUCUUUCGUGCGACCAUUCGAAGCCAACUAUGAAUUCUUACCUCGCGUUCAUCCCCAACCGUGGCCGAAUUUCUUCACCGUCGAUGAUAACUUGCUACGCAAGGACGCUGAAUCCACGCCGGGUGGUUUAUCACAGCGAUGGUGCCUCAAUUCGAAGGUGGUCUCCUUCGCUUUGGAGCCUCUUAUCAUCGAAAAGAUGUCUUUAAAGCUUCUCAGUUUAGGCGCUGGUUCUGUAUGCAAUGUCGAGUCCGAGGCCCUCGUCAGCCCAGAGACUCCACACAUCGCGCCAGAAGAGCUGCGGGAGUCCAAUUUCCUCCUGGACGUCCAGAAGCUAACUCUGGGUGAUCGCGUUCCGACUCCUCUCAACUUUGCACUGGAAAUUGACUGGCGCCGGCGUUCAUCUGAUGAUAGAACUUCCAACGAUGUCACCACGAGUAUCCUGGACAUCCCCCGCUUCAUUGUCCCCAUGGGCGAACCCCGAGUCCUUUGUUCGGCAUCACCCUCCAAUACCCUAUCGGGACUGAUUCACCUUGAGUACACUCUGGAGAACCCUUCUACGCAUUUCCUCACAUUCAACUUGAUGAUGGAAGCCAGCGAGCACUUUGCUUUCAGUGGGCCCAAGACCACCGUCGUCCAGCUCGUGCCUUUGAGCCGUCAUACGGUACGGUACAAUAUCCUAGCCGCGAAACGUGGGCUUUGGAUCCAACCUCAGCUUGUUAUUGUCGAUACAUACUUUAACAAGACUCUUCGCGUUCUUCCAACCGGAGAAAUGCGUGCAGACAAGAAAGGGAUCUUAGUAUGGGUUGAUGCGGAAGAUUAA